AUGUCUUUCAAAGUUCUCUCUCUGUUCCUUGCUUCUCUGGGCUUUGUUUUGAUGUCUAUGCUUGUAAGCAUAAGGAUUCCCAUUGCCUGACCAGUGCAAAGACGCUACUCUGGGGCCACCCUGGCAAGUGACUACAGCCGUGUGAUGGAUAACAUGCUGAAGAAGAACUUUGUGGAAUGGUUGCUGGUCAGAUGCCAGAAGAAAAGCGACAACAUCAUCGAGCCGUUCAAGAAGGAAGCUGAGCUCCAAGUACCAACUGCGACUAGGCAGAGACUGGACCUGGGCAUCCAGGAAGCCAAAGACUUCUUCGCCUGGCUUCUGAAAGCCAAGAAAAAUUGCAGCUUUUCUUCUCUGGAAGGUUCAGAAGGUUUGAAGGAUGUUUUGAACCAGGAGUUUCUGACAUGGCUGCUGUCGACUGAUCUCUGCAGACCAAUGCGAGUGGCUGUUCUACCUGUUGCUGUUGUUCCAAGCAUCCCUACCCAUCCUUCCCCAGCCCUUGUCCUCCAAGGUACUCGCUGCAGUGCUCAAUGA